CCAUGUAUCACAAACCUACUACCAAAACAUUGAUGGAAAAUCAAAUUAGGCACCAUUUAGUUCUAAUCCCACCACCAUUUCAUGGUCACCUAACUCCUAUGCUUCAAUUAGCCUCAAUCCUUCAUUCAAAAGGUUUCUCCAUCACCAUAGCACACACCUAUUUCAAUUCCCCUAAUCCUUCUAAUUAUCCUAAUUUCAAUUUUCUACCUUACUUUGAUGGUUUAUCUAAUACCCAAAUCACAUCCAAGAAUUUUAUAGAUAUUACUUCAACUCUAAAUACCAAGUGUGAAUCUCCACUUAAGGAGACAUUAGUUCAUUAUAUUGCAAAAUUAGCAAAUCAAAAGCAUGAAAAAAUUGCUUGCAUCAUUUAUGAUGGAUUGUUGCACUUCAUAGAUUCUGUGGCAAAGGAAUUAAAGAUACCAAGCAUAGUCUUUAGAACCACUAGUGCUACUAAUUUCCUCACUUAUCAUGCAUGUGCUCAGCUACAAAGCAAAGGUUACCUUCCCUUGCAAGAUUCUAAGUCAUGUGACUUGGUACCAGAAUUGGACUUGCUGCGAUUCAAAGAUCUGCCAAUUUUCAAUUUACCAAAUCCAGAUGAUUUUCUACAAAACUCAGCUAAAACACUUUCAAUAACACCUUUCGGUGUUAUAUUCAAUACUGUGGAUAGCUUAGAAGAUUCAUCACUAAAUCAACUCCAACAGUUAUACAAAGUUAACAUAUUCCCCAUAGGCCCUCUACACAUGAUUGCAGAUGAUUCCAACAAUAGUAAAAGCAUUCUGCGCGAAAAUCAUAAUUGCAUUUCAUGGCUAAACAACAAAGCUAGAAAAUCUGUGUUAUAUGUAAGUUUGGGAAGUAUAGCUAGUUGGGAAGAGAAAGAGCUAACUGAAGUAGCUUGCGGCUUAGCGAAUAGCAAACAAAAUUUCCUUUGGGUUAUUAGACCGGAGACAGUUAAGGAUGUUUCGGCGUGGUUACAAUCAUUGUCAGAGGAUGUUAAAGUAGGUAUAGCGGAGAGGGGAUGUGUCGUGAAAUGGGCACCUCAAGGUGAAGUCUUGGCACAUGAAGCUGUUGGUGGGUUUUGGAGUCAUUGUGGUUGGAAUUCUACAUUGGAGAGUUUGUGUGAAGGAGUACCGAUUAUUUGUCAACCUUCUUUUGGAGAUCAGAGGGUGAAUACUAGAUUGUUAAGUCAUGUUUGGAAGGUGGGUUUGGAAUGGUGUAAUGUGAUAUUAAGGGAUGAGAUUGAAAGGGUUGUGAGAAGACUUAUGGUGAAUCAAGAAGGGGAGGAAAUGAGACAGAGAGCAAGUGAAUUGAAGCAUGAGAUUAGGCUAGCUGUGAAUGGUUCUUCCUGUGAUGCAUUGGAUGGAUUGGUUAAGUGUAUCUUAUCAGUGAAUGUCUGAUUUCACAACAAAACUAAUUAAAGUACCUUGAUUAUGAUAAGACUUGUAAGGAAGCAAAUUGCUAAUUUAAUUGAAUGAGUAUUGGUUUAUGAAAAAAUAACUUUUGAUUUUGUGGUUAUGAAGAUAAUUAAUUAAUGUUUCUUGUUUUUAUGAAAUGUUGUUCUUGUUGAAAA